AUGCUACCUGACGAAUCUGUCUCCUCAUCUGCUUUCUCUGGUUCCUCUAUUGAUUGGACUGUACCAUCGGAUGCUCAGAGGCGUACCAUCUACGCGCUCGCAACACCUCCAGGAAAAGGAGGUGUUGCUGUUAUUCGCAUCUCAGGUCCCGAUGCACUUGCAGUAUAUGACCGGAUCGUUCGUCCUACGUCUACACGGAAACGUAGAAGACAUGAAGUUAAUGAUAACCAUAACUUCAUAACCACAAAAGGGAAGAUGAGAGAAAAUGACAGUGUCACAGCGGGGAACAGAGUAGAUCCGGAACCGCGUAGGAUGAUCCGCUGUGCCGUUGUAGAUCCUAUUAGCGGGGAUGAACUAGAUGAUGGACUGGCAGUCUUUUUCAAAGGCCCACAUUCAUUCACAACUGAAGACAUCCUUGAACUACACCUCCACUCAGGACGUGCAGUCAUCUCUGCAGUGCUCUCCGCACUUGGUCGCUUAUCCUCACCAAUACCCAAAGGGCACGCUCGAAACAGCAAUCCCGAUGAAAUGUUACUACUUCGCCCAGCUGAACGGGGCGAGUUCACACGACGUGCUUUCCAAGGCGGUCGACUAGACCUUACGCAAGCAGAGGCGUUGCGUGACCUCAUCGAAGCGGAUACGGAAGCGCAGAGACGCGUGGCUUUGAGUUCUGCGAGGGGUAGCGCACGGGUAAGAUUUGAGUCUAUGCGAAACGAGAUUAUCAAAGCUAUGGCUAUGACGGAGGCACUCAUCGAUUUCGGGGAAGGCGAGGAUCUUGAAGAAGGGGUGUUUGACAAUGCUAGGGAAAUCGUCAAACGACUCCGACGAACUAUCGCACAUCACCUCGCGGACAGCCGUCGAGGUGAGAUCUUACGCUCUGGCGUACGGCUGGCGAUUUUCGGUCCGCCGAACGCAGGGAAGAGCAGUUUGCUGAAUCACUUCGCUGGGCGGGAAGCAGCAAUCGUAACACCUAUACCCGGGACGACACGCGACGUAGUCGAACUAACGCUUGACAUUGGCGGUUUGCCAGUGGUGAUUGCUGAUACGGCCGGUCUACGUAAAACGGAAGAUAUGGUGGAGCGAAUAGGCGUUGAUCGGGCAAAAGAGAGAGUUGCAAAUUCUGACAUUGCACUUUGCGUACUGAGCUUGCCGGAUAUUGUGACUGAUAACGCCAUACGGCUGCCGGAAUAUGUUGACGAAAUGGUGGCGCCGUCGACGUUUAUCCUGCUUAACAAACGGGAUUUGUGCUCGGCUUCCGAUAUCAGCAAAGCGCAGCAAGCGCUAACGACGACGUGUGCGGGAGCGUGGGCGGUAAGCCUGACUUGCGGCGAAGGUGUUGAGAGAUUCGUUAGCGAGUUUGGAGAAGCAGUGAAUGAUAAAUUUGUGCCAGGAGAUGGAGAGGAAGAGCCGCUUGUGGCGAAUGCACGACAACGGGCGCAUUUGGAAGCAGCACAGGAAUACUUGGACGCAUUCCUGAGGACUGAGGAUGUUGUGCUGGCUGCAGAAGAGCUGCGAUAUGCGGCGAACGCUGUCGGGAAGGUGACUGGAGUGAUAGGGGUUGAGGAUGUGCUGGACGUUGUGUUUCGCGAGUUCUGCAUCGGCAAAGGAAGGACUCCACGCGCAGAUCGCGCAAACUUAACACGCCAGCCUCCCUUCGACGACAACGAACUAACGCUAGUAGUAGUGCUGGGCAGCCAGCAAGCAACGUCGUCCCCGACAGCGUGCACGAGGAUGCCGAAGCCGACGUUGCUGCAGAAUCUGUUCAAUAAGCCGACGCAGUCGUAUGCGGAUCUGCAGCCAGCGUCGCAGAAGGCAACGGGUGAGACUGCAAGGCGGAAAUAUCAUAGCGUCAGAAAUGACAUGCUGGCUGCUGCCGAGGCCUCCCGCAGCCGGAAGUCCAUUCCUUCUGUGAGCAAAGCCAGCAGCUCUUCGGCUGCCGCCGCCGCUCCUCCCUCUCCCAGUCCUAGUCGCACCACCACUGCUGCACCUACAACCCCGCGUCGACCGGAACAUCGCAAACAAAAGAGCGACGACAGCGACAGUGACCAGUUCUUUACUCCGAACGGCUCGCCCCGCGAGUCUGCCAUCGACCCAGACGGACACAUUUCGGUUGCCACUAAUAUUAGUACCACGCCUACAAUGGGUGCAACGCUCGUGGGACAACCUACUUUGCACCCAGCAAUGAGUGCAAAGCUCGAUGGUGAUAACGACACAUUUGCGUCUGCCCUUGCGGAACCGAACACAGCUGACAGUAACGACGAGCAGUUACGUCAUGCGCACAGACCCAUGCCGUCCUCAGCCUCCUCCUCAACCUCUUCCAUCUACACGCCCAGCCUGUCCGAUGCGAGCUGGCCAACCUCGUUCUCAGGUCCCUCAGAUUCCACGCGCACGGACACACCCGCCACGUCCGAAAGUGGCCAUUCGCGCAGCACGUCAAGCCGAAGGAAUAGUAGAAGCCGCCGAAGGAAAGACGAGCACAGGCAAACUAUGUACACCGAUGAUGAUUGGGCAAAGGACGUUCGUUGGCUCGUCGCACCAGCACCCCAGCCCGCCAAACAACAAAUCAAUCAGCAAUCUUCUAUUAUUCGCUCAUCUACACCCACUAGUACUUCUACGAAGAGAAACCGCCCACGCCCUUCGUUCGAACUCGACCCAUCUUCAAUGCUUCCGACUCUCCCAGGCGCGCCAUUACAAAUACGCGCGGCGCACCGUCGCGCAGUCUCACAGACGACUUGCUCGCGCCGCAACAUGGGUAGGCGCCGCAUGAGUGCUGUCUGGGAGGAGGACGAGGGCGACGAGCCUUCGCCGAAUGCAGCGCCGAGGCGUGUGCACACGGAUCCCUCAAUCCUGUCCUCGCUCGGACGUUCUCCGUCACUUACUUCCCAACAACGGCUAGCAGAGCGAGCACGGUCACCAACUACAACGCGCUCUGGCGAAUCGGGUUCAAUAGCGUCAUCAGCUGCCAACUCGGCAUACACGAACACUUCCCGGACCGUGGAUAUUCCAUUUCCCUUACCCGCGACGGAUGGCGGCACGCCCUCUGGAUUCACCUCUCUCGUGCUUCCGCGUGCGGCAUACAUACCAUCUAAUAAACGCUAUUCUAUGCGCUUUGGAAGUAGUAGCCAUGUCGACAUUACGCGUUCAGGCUUGGCCCAGACGACAAUGUCGACUGUUUCAAUCACGAAGAACGCCGCCACUUCCGCUCUCAGCGGCUCCCGACCGCGUUUCUUAUCGCUCUCUUCUCUUUCUUUGCCGACUCUCGGUUCAGAUAGGAAAACAAAAUUGCCGACGAUGCCUUCGCAUCUACUGGGAACACUUCCGCCGCCACUGAGCUUCACUUCCCACACUCCGCCUCCCUCAAAAGUGAAUUCACACCAGAUACUGGUUCAGGUCUAUGCGGUCGCAGUAGACGGCUUAGAUGACCGGAUUGUCUAUGAGAAAGCCGCAAGAAAUGAUUGUUACGGCUUUGUCCCUGGCAGGGCAUUCGUAGGUCGCGCGGUGGAGGUCGGAUUCGAAGUGAAUAGUGUAUCGAAGAGCGACUCGGUGAUAGGGUUGCUAGAUGUUCGGAAGUGCGGUGCCCUCGCGGAAUUCGUCGUGGUCGAGAAGAGGAGAAUAACGCGUUGUCCGCGGCCUUCUGCCUCGCUUACGCUUGAGCAACUAGCGUUGCUUCCUCUGUGCGGUGUCCCUGCUCAUCGUGCUGCGCGAUCUGCCGGAUUUAGCGCGGACGCGGAAGUAGAUUCGGCAGGUGGCCGAGCACUCGUGCUACAAGGUCAUGACGGAGCUGGUGCGCUUGUGGUUCAAGCGCUGGCUGCUGCUAGAAUGCACGUUACCGCACAUAUUCCUGUACAAGCAGACGCCCCUCGAUUAAGGACAUCAUCUUCCAGCAGUACUACCUCUUCUGAAGAGUCUGAUAAGCAAGAGCAAGCUGAGCACUCUAGCACUCGCGAAGCGGAGGAACGCGUCCGUAAAUGGGGAGCACGGGGAGUUCGUAUUGGUGAUGCAAUUGAAGUUGUAGAAAACUGUGGUGCUGGGUCGUUCAACCUUGUAGUGGAUACUGUCGGUGGACGGCAGAUUUGGAACGCAUGUCAGCGUGUUCUUGCUGCGUCGGGAUUGUUCACAACACUUGUAGGAGACGCCUCUCCUUCGCCCUCUUCGUCACCUUCGUCUUCAGCGCACUUUUCUCCGACCUCCAAGAACCACUCCAAUUCGACUCCGACGGCAGUUCCUAGUAUCAAUGCUCAUUUCCGCGCAAAUUUGCGUUCUCUACGACGUUCGUUCGGCCCUCGAAAAAACGUCGGGUACGCUCUCAUUAGUCCAGUAGCAGAUGUGGACAACUGCGGUGAAGACGUGCGCGAUUCACUUGUUGAAGCUGUCCAGCGUGCGACAGCGGGUGUUUUCUUACCUUACGUUGGUGAAGGAGAGCCUUCGGAGAAGCAAAAAUCAAGUAAAAGGAGGGUGGUACCGUUCGAACGUGCACCAGAGCUCUUUGGUUCUGGGAUGUUGAGCGAUGGACGGACAGGUGUUGUGAGGAUCGUUGACUAGUGUGCUUGCACCCCUAAUGCACGAUUAAAUUUCUUUUAUUGCCCCUUUGGUGGACGAUAUACGAUGGUUUUUUACGCAUAUUAUUAGAUUAUUUACUUCGUGUAUUUCAUCUAUAUUUCCUUCCUCCCGCCCCCUCUUUUGUCCGACUUUUUUUUACUUUUACUUUUUCCUGCAUGCAUAGUUUUUCAUGAUGAUUUGAGGAUGGAUGGACGUUCCCUACCUCUUUGCAUUCCAUUUCCCACCUUCCUUUCCCAUUCUUCCCCAUUGGUGAUUUUCUCUACUCAAUGCACGAACAGUUACUUAGUUUCCACAUGCAUUUUAUCAACAUCACUAUCCAGCUAUCUUGACAGACGGUCUUUCUUUUCCCUUUCGUCCGCCACAUUCCUUGAUUACUUAGUUCUUGCUGCUCUAUUUUCUUUUCUUGUUGGGCUUUUUCGGCGACGUCCCUUUUUC